CCUAGCAACUUCUUGUCUCGCAAUAUGCAUUGGACGAGAUGUUCGAAGGUUAAGGGAAGCCUCGCGCCGUCACAUUGGACAAAGAGGGGCACCCCACCCGCUUAGAUGACGGCUCCCGACCCUGGAUUGGACAAAGCAAAUGCCCAUCAACGCUCGGUACGGCGCUUUCCUGCGUCCUAUUGGUCUAGACGGACGCCCAUCACAUUGUCGGCGUCGACUCCCGAGCUCCGAUUGGACAAGGUGGUCUCUUAUCAACGUGUUCUAUCCGCUCGGUCAGGGCAGUCACGUGACAGGGAGAAAAACAAAGAUGGCGCCCCGUGACCGAUAACGAGUCAACGGCGGCUGUUGUUGUUGUCUUUUUAUGGGGGCGGUGUAGGUUGUGCCAUGGACGCCAUCAAUACUCUCUUCUCGCAAAGCGAGUCUUCCCUGUUGGGCACCACCUCGCCGGCCAUGAGCUCGUUCGCUAAGCAGCAGCAAGCAGUGUCGGUACCUGGAGGAGGCCCGGGCCCAGGACCGCCGCCAGCUGCUGCGGGGAUGGACGACCCGCUUCGGAAAACAGGCGGGGCCGGGGGCGGAGUCCUCCAUGACCCCUUCUACAUCAUGAGGGAGUUACCAGGUGGAACAGACCUCACUGGAAGCACGAAUCUCAUUACUCACUACAAUCUGGAGCAUGCCUACAAUAAAUUCUGUGGGAAGAAAGUGAAGGAUAAGCUGAGCAAUUUCCUGCCAGACCUGCCAGGAAUGAUCGAUAUGCCUGGUUCACAAGAUAACAGCAGUCUACGCUCCCUCAUUGACAAACAACCAAUCUGUGGCAACUCCUUUAACCUUCUGACUGGCACCUUGCUCACGGGCUUCCGACUGCACACGGGCCCGCUACCUGAACAAUAUCGACUGAUGCAUAUCCAGCCUCCAAAGAAGAAAAGCAAACACAAACACAAGCACAGUCGGACUCAGGACCCUGUUCCACCAGAAACACCCUCUGACUCCGACCACAAGAAGAAGAAGAAAAAAAAGGAUGAUGAUCCUGAUCGGAAGAAGAAAAAGAAAGAGAAGAAAAAGAAAAAGAACCGUCAUAGCCCGGAGCACCCAGGACUGAGCAGUUCCCAACCCAGCAGCAGCAGCAGCAUGCGUUAAGAAGCCAGGGUGGUCUGAUUCCCACCAAACCCCCAACCCCCUCCCCUCUGUCUCUGUCCCCUGUGGAUUGGGGGGAGAGAGAGAUAGAGAGAGAGAGAGAGAGAGAGAGAGAGAGGUACUGACCUGUUGGACCAGUGCUGGUGGAGGGAAGGGGUGGGGGGUGUGUUAUAUGGAGCAAGUGUCUGGGUCCAACAGGAAAAUGUCUGGACCCCACAGGGAGGGGAAUGUAGAGAGAGAGAGGGGGGACUGCAAGCUGAGAUGAGAACAGGACACGUACUGACCUGAAGUGCCCCCGAUGGUGGGUUUGUCUAAAUGUUUUUUUUUUAAUUUAAUUUUCCUUUGUACAAUAAAUUUUUUUUAAAUUUAAA